UAGACAACAAGCAUGCCGGUAAUAUGCUUUGUGGCCGGCAUCAGAAUUUUGCCAUCGUUCGGUGUGCUGUUUUCUUGUCCACAAAUACCAUAGAAUGGUUCACCAUCAGAUAUUUGAAGCUCACAUUAUGUAAAUGACCAUAACAUUGGUAGAUUAUAUGCAUUCUCUGGAGCCACAUUACUUCACAUGUGCAACAAUCCAAUGCAUAAACAAUAGGGGUGAUGCCGAAUAUUUUAUAAAAGAGAAAUUCCCUAUAAGUAUGCCACAAUAAGUAUUACAGUUUCAUACAUAAUAAAUAACAAUCAGAUAAUUAUCUAAGAUUCUGAGAAUUUGUUAGAAAGAAGGUGUGUCAAUAAAGGAAUUAUUUUAAUACCAGUGGUAUGCUCUUAGUGGUUAGCUUUCCAUCAGAUAGUAUGUACAUAUGUGUCCAAUUUGACCGUGUCCUUCGUAGAAUGUGUAGAAAGAAGUGUGUCAGACAUUUAAGCUUCAGCUAGUUUGAGAAUGCAUGCCCAUUUGGUCAUUCUCUCACAACACUUAUUUCUGUGAUGUAUUGCACCUUGGAUAACAUUCAACUCUUAAAUAUGUGACCUUGGUAUCAAGUUUGAGUGGUUUCUGCAGAAUUAAAGUGUUACCUCAGUAAAAGUUAUAUCAGUGAACUGUAACGUGGUCAGUACAAAGUUCCUUCAUUGCUAUUUUAUGGGGAUACUCAUUGACCCAUCAACAUGAGAAUACCAAAUCAGCGUCACCAUCUCAUCAAGCUCUGUUUCUGCCUUAGAUUCAUUAGGCAGGAUCAUAGUGCUGGUCCAUUAUCAGCAAAAGCUAUAAGGCAGUCUUUUAUAGAUUAUUUUGUGCAAGAUCAUCGCCACACAUUCUUGAGAUCAAGUCCUGUUGUCCCCAUCUGUGAUCCUACUGUAGCUUUUGUUAAUGCUGGAAUGAAUCAGUUCAAAAGUGUGUUUCUUGGAACUAUUCGAGCACCAUGUCUUCGUGCUGCCAACAGCCAGAAGUGUAUAAGAGUUGGAGGAAAGCAUAAUGACUUGGACGUAGUUGGUACUGAUGGCUAUCAUCAUACUUUUUUUGAAAUGCUUGGAAGUUGGUCAUUUGGAGAUUACUUUAAGGAAGAGGCAUGCAAACAGGCCUGGGAUCUGUUGACAGGAAAGUAUGGCUUGAACCCUUCCAGGCUGUAUGUUACAUAUUUUGGAGGUGACUGUGUUUUGGGUUUGGAACCAGACUUGGAGACUAGGGACAUCUGGAGACACAUUGGUGUUUCACAAGAUCGCAUUCUGGCAUUUGGUUCAAAUGACAACUUCUGGGAAAUGGGAGUUACUGGACCUUGUGGUCCAUGUACUGAGAUCCAUGUAGAUCAUAUUCCUGGCCGUCAGUUCGCUGCAGAUAGAGUCAACAGAGGUCACAGUGACCUUACAGAGAUAUGGAAUCUAGUCUUUAUACAGUAUAACAGGAGUGCAGAUGGCAGAUUAAAAGAGCUUCCUUGUCGAUAUGUUGACACUGGAAUGGGACUGGAACGUCUUGUUGCAAUUCUUCAAGGAAAGCAAUCCAACUAUGACACUGAUUUGUUCCAACCUCUGUUCAAAGCUAUUCAUAAGCUUUCUAGGAAUGUUCCAGUGUAUCGGGGACGAUUUGAGGAUGAGGAUGAAAUGGGGUUUGAUACAGGAUACAGAAUACUGGCAGAUCAUGCCCGAAUGAUGACGGUUGCUUUAGCAGAUGGCAUGUUUCCUGAUCAGAAUUAUAAACUACGCCGUGUUAUGAGAAAAGCAAUGUUGGUGUCACAACAGAAAUUUGGAGUUGAAAGUGGGCUUAUAACUGAAUUGACAAAUUAUGUGGCAGAUUCUCUAGGAGAAACAUAUCCAGAAAUUAGAAAUCGCCUGAAGCAGGUUCAGUUGAUUAUCAAUCAUGAAGAAGAAGUACUCCGUUUGCUUCGAUUAGAAGCUGUAGACAAGUGGCACAAAAUACUCUCUGUGAAACCUGAGCUCUGUAAUUUGGAUAUACUAGAGAUGCCAGGUCUUAUAGCAGGGUAUCAUGAACUUAAAGCAUACAUUUCACUGACAGGAUCAGAUACCACAAAAGCAUCUACCAUGCCAUCUGCAGGAGCCAAGUUAGAAGAAAGUUAUACAAAUAAGUUGAUGGAGGAAAAUAUAGAAUUAUGUGAAAACAACAAAGAUUCACCUGGUGUAAUGAUACCAGCUAAAUUAGCAUUUAAAUUGUAUGAUACUUAUGGUUUGGAAGAGACUGUUAUACAAGAACUGGCCAGAGUGGAAGGUUUCCAAAUUGAUGUGAAUGGAUUUAGGCAUUUAUUAAAUGUGGCCAGAGCCCAGACAAAGGAGAGUUUUAGAUCUGAUGCAGAAAAUGAACAGGUCCAGGAAAUAUUUAAUCAGCUUGUAAAGCUUGGUCUGGAUUUUACAGAAAACACUGAAAAAUAUAGUUAUGUUAAAGAAAAUGACAAAUAUGUAUUCCCUUCCAUGGAGUGUGAAGUGAAGGCUAUAAUUGUGAAUGGGAAAGUAGUGCCAAAGAUUGGGCAAGAUACACACUGCAGUGUUAUUUUAGACCGAAGUAAUUUCUACCAUAAAGCAGGUGGACAAGCCAGUGACACUGGGCAGUUAGUGACAAAUGAUGGAACACAAUUCCAUGUAACUGAUGUGACUAAUUCUGGAGGAUAUCUUCUGCAUCAUGGAUAUGUAACAAAAGGGAAUGGUGUUUGUAUUGGAGACACUGCAACAGUUGAAGUGAAUGGAGACCAUCGACUAGGCAAAAUGAGGAACCAUACUGCAACUCACCUGCUGAAUGCUGCCCUUCAUAAAACCCUUACUGUUACAUGCCAGAAAUCAAGCCGUGUGACAGAAUCUAACCUUGUAUUUGAGUUUUCUAUAUAUGGAGAGACACUUAACAUACAGAACAUCGUGCAGCUGGAAGAGAUGGUGCAGAAAUGUGUGCAAGCAGCUAUUCCUGUAAAACAGUACACUGUGUCAAGCAACCAAUUCUUCUCCCUUGAGAAUGUGACCCUUGUACCUGGAGAAGUGUACCCUGAGGAAGAAAUACGCGUUAUAGAAGUUGAAGCUGAUGGGUUGCUUACAUCAAGGGAGGCAUGUUGUGGUACUCAUGUAUUGAAUACGGGAGACAUCAGGGACUUCUGUGUUGUGGGGUUGAAGACUGCAGGCAGUGGAGUCCUUAGUCUGAAAGCUGUUACAGGCGACUAUGCCACAUCAGCACGCCAGCAUGGCCACCAUAUGGCUCAAGAAGUGGUGGCUCUUCAUGCUGAAGUGGAGGGCUUCAUUGGGUCUAAGAUGUCUGCACACCAGGCAGAGCAGUUGAAUGUGAAGCUGCAGGAAUUGAAGCAGAAGUUGGUUAGUGGUACCCAGAAUCUGCCUUACACUGUUCGUUCUGAGGAACUUUUGAAGAUCGAAAAUAUAAGCAAAAGGUUGAAAGAAAAUGCCCGAGGCAGUCUCAGAGAUGCACUGGAAACAGAAAUGCAGACCCUGUUGGCAACCAACCAGUCAUCAUUUCUCGUCCAUUUUCUACAGUGCUCUUCAACAACAGACACUGUUCCUCUCCAGAAGGCUACCAGGAUGUGCCCUCAUAUUCCUGUGCUGCUGCUGGCUCACAGUGAAGGCCUUAUCAAAGCAAGGUGUUGUGUUCCUGAGGCUCUGGUGUCACGCAAUUUCAGUGCUCAGCUUUGGAUGCAGUCUGUGCUGCAAGUGCUCAGAGCUCAGGGGGCAGCUCCAAGAGGCCAGAACCCAUGUCUUGUGUUCUAUAUGAAAGGCAAGAAGUUACCACCAGCUGAUUUCAAAACUUUGGUGAAGGAUGCUCUUCACAGUGCUUCAGAGUUUGCUAAACUCCAUCUUGGACCAGCUAAGACAUAAGCUCUGUCCUCAAGUACACAAGCCGUUAAUUGAGACUGGAAUAUAAAUGAACAACAUCAGCAUUAUUACAGUGUUCCAAAUACUGUUGAAGAAAAAGUUCCAGGCUGCUAACACUUUCAAGAUCAACCAGAAUACAUUUCCUGGUAAUAGGCAUAUUCUACAGUAUGCUGCUGCAGCAAAUGGGUUUUCUGCCAAAUCUGUCUCCUCAUUAGCAUCAUCACCUACAAACAUAAUAAAUGACAAAAUUAA